CUCAAUGAACAUAUACGUAGCAAUAGCAUUGACUUGGUGUUGACUUUUGUUGCAGGUGGGGCCUUCACGGGUGCCAUCACUGGUGCUGUGGCGGGUAGAGCUUCUGAUUGUGGGGCCCUCCGUGGAGCUGGACUCGGUGCUCUUGCUGGAGCUGUUCUUUCUGUUGAGGUUCUAGAAGCUUCACGUGCUUAUUGGUCUCAAGAACCCUCUUCCAAUAGAAACUCAUCAAUGGCUGAUUUUAUGGAGGAGCUUCUUCGUGGAAGGUUUUCAGAGGAACGUUUUCCACCUGAACUUUUAACAGCGUAUCAUUUUCAGGUGAGUAUGAGUCCUGUUGAUGUACUUGAUUUUAAUGAUGACGUGGCACACAAAGGGUUGUCAGAUGAUUCAUUGAGACGCUUACCAUGGCACAAGAUUUCAGAUGAAAGUAAACCGAAUCAAACCAUUUGUUGCACAAUAUGUUUGCAGGAUGUUAAAGUUGGUGAAAUUGCUCGAAGUUUGCCUCAUUGUCAACACAUGUUUCACCAGAUUUGUGUGGAUAAGUGGUUAUCUAGACAUGGAUCAUGCCCUAUAUGUCGACAACAUGUGUAAGUUUUUGUUAAAUAAAUUAUGUAUAAAAUUAUUGGUGUAUAUAUAUAUAUGUUUAUGUAUACAUGUGUGUGUGUUUGUGUUGAUUGUUGUAAGAUGAUGAUGUCAUUGGGAUGUGUAUAGCUUCUUGUAAGAUGGGUUGUGUUUUGUUACAAAUAUGCAAUUUAGGGUAUGUAUAUGGAGACUAUUUUGAAAUAAAUGUGUUAUUGUAUA